AUUGUUUUGGCCUUAUCGAAAGACUCAACGGCAGCAGGAAAUUUGCGAAUAAAUCCAUGAAAAUGGAUAACCUCAAAGAACAAGUUAUGAUAAACCAUUUUGUAUCGGCGACGGGAGUACACGCAGAGCAAGCAAAACAGUUGUUAGCGGCUUCAAAUUGGCAAUUUCAGACUGCUCUUAGUAUGUUUCUUCAAGAAUCAUCAAUUCCAACGUGUAGAACGUGUCAUGGCAAUCACACAAACGCAAAUUACCCGUUAUGUGCACCAGCAAAUACUCCUGCCACGCCCCCCAAUUUCCCUGAUGCAUUGUUAGCGUUAUCAAAACUCUCCACCACAGAAAAAUUUAGUUCCUCCCCUUACGCCACCUCACCACAGCAAGUUGCCAAUUCUCCCAAAGGCAUGGAAAUUGAGGCACAGAGAUAAAACUGAAAAAGCUCCUGGGGGAAAGAGAGAGGUGUGGCAUUUCAGAUGAGUUCUGUUGUUUGUCAGACUGGACCACUGUGUUAGUUGUAGUGAUUUGAACAUUGAAGAAAGAUGUGAAGAAAAUAGUGCUUUGAUACACACAGGGAAUGAAAAGUCGAGACUCCUCAAGUUUUACAUUACCUAUUGUCAACUUUGUUGUGUUUUCUUAAUGUGUCAGUUAGUUUUAAACAAAUUUUAAACAACAAGAUGAAAUAUUUUGAAAACUGUAGUGUUCUUAAAGUCAGCAAAUUACAUGUAUUGUGUACAUGUAUUUCAAGUUAUUGAAACCAGCCAUUAGAAUUUCAUUAAUGUAUGUGCACAUGUCAGCAUAAAGUAUCAAAUUUUGUUUGUUUCAAGCUUAUUAUCUUUUGAUCUCAGUAUUUAUUUGCAACAUGUCUUAUUAUCCAUAUGUACACAGUGAUUGCAAUGAUAUAUUACCGUAUUUGUGGCAGUAAUUACCAGUUUUCUUAUAUCCAUUAACAUUAUAUUACAUAAAAUACUAUGUAUUAUUUGGAUGCUCUAUUUAUGGUUUUGAAUGGCAUUGCACCAUUACACAAGACCAUGCUUUCCAAUCACUACAAAGGAAAAUAAUAGAUUAUACCUAUAUUUUGUAUAUAAUCAUAGUGCCUGGGGGCAUUUAUUGCAAUAAAUACGGUAAUAUGUUUUGCACCGAUGUAUAUAAUUCAGUAAAUGUAAUAGUUUCAAAUUCUCGCUCGUUGGACAAUUUAACGAGACAUUUCUCGUUAGAUGUGUUAAAACUAUCAAUAGUAUAUCUGAUGACAUACGUCAGAAAUGAGCACUGAUUGAAUCAUGCUUUUUAGCAGACGAUAAUAAAAUGGCUUUCUUUAAUAAAAGUCUCCGUCCAGUUGAUCAGUACUGAGAUAAAAUGAUGUAUCAGAAUAAAUCUUGUGUCAGAUUGUAUUUCAUCAAAAUUGUGUUACUUUUAUCAAAGAAGGUCAGAUUUUUAUAGGUACAUAUGAUUUCUAUGUGUUUUUGUACUGCCAUUUUUUAACAUUUAGCUUUUCCUCCCUUGCAACAUUUAUGUGACCAUGGUUACAAUAUAUUGUGCUAUUAUUAAUUAUAGGUGUUUUGAGACCUUCUGUGACGGUCUCGAGUUACUAUUGUAUUGUGAGAAUUAUGGGUAGCCUUACGGUAGUGACAAUUAUACAGAGAUCAACACAGAGCAGUUAUGUAUCAGUCCCCCCCCCCCCCCCCCUCAUCAUAUGUUUACUUUGUAUUACAAAGGGAUAUUAUGUAUAAUUGGGGUUGGACUUGCCCUUUAUUUUCUGGAACUGUUAUAGACUAAACAUAUUCUGUAUAUAGUUGUAUUGACUUAAUCAUGAUUGUUUCAUUAAUUUUGUAUAGUUACAUGUGCUAUGUAAGUCAUUAACUCCACAUGAAAUGAAAAUACUGUGAAAAAAAUGAUGUUUUUAAGUUCUGUAGUAUCAAUUGUUCAUUAAACUUACUCAGGAACUUAA